AUGGAACACACUCCUGCGCCUUACGGUCCCAGAGCCGUGUACGGAUACGCUAUGUACAUAGGUGCAAAUAUGAUUUUUCUGUUGUACGUGAUAUGGACGGUGGUGCCGGACGAAGUACUGCACGAUUAUUUCGGCUUGACUUAUUGGCCAUCAAAAUAUUGGGCGGUCGCGAUUCCCAUAUGGGCGCUGACCGCCCUUGCUACAUUUGCCUUCCUGAUCUAUCCGGCUAUCAAUAUGUCAAUAACUCCGGAUAUCGAUGAUAUACGUACCAUCACGGAUAAAUACGCCCUACAGAAAACCGAGACUGCUCCAGGCGGAAUACCAGCUGUAUCUGAUAUACCCAUUACAGAAGUUUGCAGGGAAUUGUAUUUGAGAAAAAGUUAACUUUAUAUGAAAUAUAUGGCACAAUUAAUUUUUUAAUUAAGGAAUAUAUACAAUUUAUUAGAAAUAUUAUUUGAGAAACCUAUACAUAUAAAGCUGAGUUAAUUGUGGAAAAUGUUAUAGAAUAAUGAUUCACUUGCGGUAUUAGAAUAAUUAAAAAAAAAACGUUUUCAACAAAUUUACAUAACAUUCCAAAAUUAGAUCUGUAUUAUUUUAGAAAUAAGCAGUAUACCACAAAGUUAAACCAAACUCACGUAUCCAAAUAUAUGGUAAAAUAUAUAAAUAUAUAAAUAUAUGCUAGACAUUUUAUUUAUAUUAUUGUGCUUAUUUAUUAUUAAUAAAUGUAUGUAUGACAAUCGUUUUUGAC